AUGGAUAUCUCCGCCCUGAAAGGUUUGAUAUCGACCCGUCAGAUAGCUCUAGUACGAGAGCUUGGAUACACUGGCGUAAAACUUUCGAAAACUUUCGAAAACUUCAUUUUCGUGCAGAAGCCGACCGCUCCAGAAACAGAUGCACAGUUGGUUCCUCCGCCAGAAAAAUGGGACAGCAUAAAGUUUCAACUUUUGGUAAACCAUAUAUCACCAAAUAUCUACACAUAUAUAAGCGAAGCUACGAACUACGAAGAAGCGAUCACAAUACUGCAAAAACUACACAUGUUAGCAACAAGAAAACAACGACCAGAAGAAAGUAUUGACACAUAUUUACAUGCUUUGAAACUACUUUCUAAAUAUUGUGAUUUUGUGGCUGUUGAUGCAGAAACAAACAAAAACGAUAGCGUACAUGAUGCUUUCAUAUCCGGUAUAUCAUCGCAUAAAAUCAGACAAAGGCUUUUAGAAAACUUAACUCUAACACUUGAUCAAGCUUACAACCAAGCACUCUCUCUAGAAACUGCAGAGAUCAACUCUCAAAACUUCAAUACUGUCUCUUUAAAUGCUGUUGCUCCAACCAGAACCAACGUUAGUCUCUUCGAAAUCACAAGCUCUGCACAACGAGACCUGCUCUUCUGUUAA